ACCCACAGACACCUACUUCCUGCUUUUCUGACUUUCAGAUAGAAAAGGCCUUAUAGCUCACAUCCCCUGAAGCCGUGCUCCAAUUCUGUGUGUUGUAGACCGCCAUUUUUUUCAGUUUUUCACCGCCAUUAUGUUGACAAGGUUCUAGGAGCUUGCAGGGGUCUCCAUCCUUAUAUCUGAGUGACUAAGGAGGGACCAAGAUAAAGGUCAUGGGUGGAAUCAACUGGGCUGAGAGUUCUAAAUGGAACCCUGGCACACAACUGUUCCAUGUCAGAACCAGUAGAUCUCUCAAAACUUGAAGUGGAUGAGGCAGAAGGUCUCAUGGCAGAAUGGAGGAGUUCCUUGGCACUACGCCUUUUUACUCUGGGCCCAUGUAUUUCUUUGAUCAGUUCAAACCGAAAAUAAGAAAAUGGAAAAAGGAAACACAGGAAGAUCAAUUCUUGUACCCAAAGGAGAAGGAUGAUGUUGAAGAUCUAGUCCAGAACCUUGAACAUCUCAGUCACCAAAUUGAAGAAUCAACAGAACCAAAGGAAGCCCAAGAGAACAUAGUAGCUUUACCCGAGAAAGAAGACAAGUCCCACACGCUCAUCAUCUCAGAACCUCCAAGUAUUCCCAAGUUUCCUUUGAAUUCGAAAUUCUCCAAAACGUCCUUGUAUAAGACCCUCUUUGAAGAGUACAAACUCAUCGCCUCUGAAGUACUCUAUGAACUCGAAAAGACAUUGAAGAGGUACGCGAAGAACGGCAUGGCUUUUCCUGGGGGACUCAUCAAUCUCAUGACUUACAGCUGGCUAGAUCUGAUUGAGGAUUUUCACGAGAACGAAUCCCCAAAGAAAACGUUGGAACGAGACAGGGACUUGGGAGGGGGUCCCAGCUCCAUGUCCAUCAUCAGCUUCAAGGAAUGCAAAGUCCACCCAGAUGCCAAGGAGCGCCCUCAAGAGGAACAUCAACUGGUUAAAGCGAGAAAAAUUGCUCGUGGGGCGCACAACAAACUCUCGGAAAAACCAUCUCUACUUGGUCACCCCCAGGUAUCCCAGACCACCCAGGAGAGCUGUAUAUCCGGGGUCAUUCACUUCUCACUAAAAUCCAAGUUCUGCUUUCAAAAUGGUUGGAUUCCUUGCUCAAAAUGGGAAAUGCUGAAAUUCAAGGCAGACCUCAGUACAGCCGUGAAGAGACUGCAGCUCGCCACCGUUCAAAUAAAAAUGGAAGAAGCCAAACAAAAAAGAGACGGAUUCAACAAACAGCCCAUCCUGCGCCACUACAACGACCCGGAAGAAGAGGAGGAGACCGCAGAGUCCACCCAGGAGCCCCGGGUUUUCUGGAUGGCAUUGUUAGUGGGGAAGGCCCGGAUGCCAGCGAUGGGAGAGGCGAAGCCGGAGAUGAAGAAGUUCCAUUAUGCCCUGGUAGAUGGCUCGUCUCUGACCUAAUAUCCUCAUGAGCAUCCCCGGAGGCAAGGAGGGCGAAGGAGGUGGUAUUGGGCAGUUGGUGCUGACGCUGGGUCUUUCCAGCCAGCAGGAAACACUGGGGGAAGAGGCCUGUGUUUCUUCAAUUCCUUUCCCCCAAGCAUUCACAUCCUGACACACUGGGUCGGGAAAAGGAGCCCCCAAACAGAGUGGAAACAUGCCUCCAAUUCCCAAACAUUUCUUCAUGUUCAGAGACCCUUUGAUAUUUUUGCUAGGC